AUGAUGCGUCGUGUGGUGCUUUUCAUUGCUCUCUUCACUCUCUUGAUUUCUGUUGCUUGUGCUUCCUCCAAGUAUGACAAUAUCAAACGAUUGCAAGUCGGAGUGAAAUAUCGUCCUGAUCAAUGUGAUAGAAAAGUUAAAGAUGGAGAUCGUGUGAGUGUUCAUUACAGAGGAACAUUGACUGAUGGAACUGAAUUUGAUUCAAGCUAUAGUAGAAAUCAACCAUUUGAAUUUACUAUUGGACAAGGAAGUGUCAUUCAAGGAUGGGAUGCUGGUUUACAAGGAGCAUGUGUCUCUGAGAAGAGAAAAUUGGUGAUUCCUCCUGAAAUGGGUUAUGGAUCUAGAUCAAUGGGAAAAAUUCCUGCUAAUUCAGUUUUAAUCUUUGAUGUUGAAGUAGUAGCAAUUAAUUAA